CGCACUGAGUCUCUCACUGACCUGCGGCACAAAGUGGAAUCAGUGCGACGAGAAGAAGCAACGGAUGGACAGACGGAGGUGAAUCAGAAGAAGAAGAAGAAGAAGAAGAAGAAGAAAAGUCUUCAUCAAAAACAAACACAGACACAUGAAGACAAUCAUGUUGUGUUUAAAUUCACUGUGAGUUCAUGCGCGCGAGUCUGGAGACACUUUGAAGAAGAAGAGAGAAACAAUCAGAAGGUCUGAAGGUCUGAAGGUCCAGGUGAUCAGGAAUCCUCCUCCUCCUUCACCUUCACCUCCUCUGCUCCUCUUCACCACAUGAAUUCAGGAGUUUACGCGCGGAUCAAACUAAAGCUCGGAGUGUAAAAUGGAGCGGGAUCAGGAUCAGAAGCGGACCGUGCGGAGUCAUAAACUGCGGCAGAACUGGACCUGGAUCUGCAGGGAUUUGUCGUGCGUCGCGCUGUGCGUGGCGCUGUCGGUGCUAUGCCUCGGCGUGUGCGUGGUGGUUCUGGUGCGCGCCUCGGAGCUGCAGUCCCGCGUGGAGAGUCUGGAGCAGCAGCAGCGGGACGCGCGGGUCCCCGCGUGGAGCGUCUCUCUGGAGCAGGUGGAACCCGUGCUCCUGAGCAGACUGGACCAGAUUCUGGACGAGAAACUCGCAGCUCGACUACCAAAGACACGGGAGGUGAGGGAAGCUCCUCACAGCUGCUUAUGUCCUCCAGGUCCUCCAGGUCCUCCUGGACGAGCAGGCUUUCCGGGUGACAAAGGCAGUAUGGGAAUUCCUGGCAGAAUGGGUUUGAAAGGACGAGCAGGGGACAAGGGAGCUCCAGGAGAACCAGGUCUGUCCAUCAUCGGACCAAGAGGACCUCCUGGACAACCAGGAACCCGAGGCUUCCCAGGCUUUCCCGGUCCGAUCGGGUUGGAUGGCAAACCUGGACAGAACGGACCGAAGGGAGACAUGGGUCACCGUGGUGUGAAAGGACAGCCAGGUGAACCCGGACUCAAAGGAGAGAAGGGCGUGUGUGGAGACUACGCCCACCGGAAGCGGCGUAUUGUUCAGCCGUGUGUCGGACAGUCGGCCACACAGGGCGAGCCUGGAGCGCAGGGACCGCCGGGACCUCCUGGACCCCCCGGACCACCGGGGAACGCAGGCUUGAACGGCUCACAGGGUAAACCUGGUGAGCCAGGAAAACCAGGAAAAGACCCGAGGCUUUUACCAGGACUGAAGGGCGAGCCUGGUGUUCCAGGGCAGAAGGGCGGUCGAGGAGACGUCGGUCCACCAGGUCCUGAAGGACCACAGGGAGUUAAAGGAGACCGAGGCACUGAGGGAGAGAAGGGCGAGCCGAGUUCUGCGGCCCAAGGUAUCAAAGGAGAGCCAGGUUCACCAGGACUGCCGGGACUAACCGGACUCAAGGGAGAAAAGGGAGACCAUGGAGUAAAGGGGGAGGGAGGUCCUGAAGGCCCAGCUGGGCCGAGAGGUCCACCAGGUCCGACCGGAGAGCCUGGAAAAGCCGAGAUCCAGAAUGAAAAUGAUAUUCGUAACAUACCUUUAAUGGGUCCUCCUGGAUUACCUGGACCUCCAGGGAUCCCCGGUUCUCCUGGUAUCAAGGGUGAAGUUGGUCUACCAGGUCCACCAGGACUGGACGGCGAGAAGGGACCCAGAGGGAAACCUGGAGAGCCCGGUCCUGGAGGCCCAGCUGGUCCUUUAGGUCCCAGAGGGGAGGACGGUGCCAUGGGCUUCCCAGGACCCAAAGGAGACCUGGGUCCACCUGGAUCACCUGGUCUAGAUGGCCCUACGGGUGAAAAGGGGGCCACAGGAGCCCCGGGCCCUAUUGGAUUACCUGGCUCAAUGGGUCUGAAAGGUGAACCUGGAGAAACAGCGAGGUCAGAAAUGGUCUAUGGUCCUCCAGGACCACCAGGACCUCCAGGACCAGUUGGACCAGCAGGAUCCCAGGGGUUUUCAGGGCCUAAGGGAGAGCCAGGCAUCGGCAUCAAAGGAGAAAAGGGAGCCACGGGUCAAAAGGGCGACAAAGGAGACCGAGGCCAUCUUGGACUGCCUGGGGCUCAUGGGUUAGACGGCAGACCGGGUCCAGUGGGUCUCAUAGGACCAGCAGGUGUUUCAGGACCAGCAGGACCAAAGGGAGAGAGGGGUGAAAAAGGAGACGCAGGAUUACCAGGACCAACUGGGCCUCAAGGCAUCCCUGGUUUAGUAGGACCACAAGGAUUCAAAGGGAACCGGGGAGAGAGGGGCAAGAAAGGCAACAGGGGGGCCAAAGGGGAUAAGGGAGACCAAGGAGCACCUGGAUUAGAUGCCCCGUGUCCGUUGGGUGACGAUGGUUUACCUGUACCAGGAUGUUGGAAUAAAGGCCAGCAUCCUUUCCAACUGGCUAAGAAGUAGCAGUGAGCCCCGAGUCUCCGAGAAGCAGCAGCAGAGAAGAAACUUGAAGAGUUUUAUUUUUGUUUUUGUUUCAAACCCAAAAUAAAUCUGGAGUCGGCAUUUUCAGCAUUUUUUCCGGGAGGCAGGACCCAGGGCCAGUAAUGUUGGCCGCUCCAGCGGCGGCGGCGGCGAGCGAUUGAGCUAACGAACAGCUAAGCUUCAGUCGGACUGAAACGUACAAACACCAUCAUCUUCAUCAUCAUAGGACAGAUCUGAUGUGUGUGUGUGUGUGUCGGCACACACACAGUCACGUGACGUGGAGCGCGGCAGACACUUUGUAGUGUGUGCUGUUUGAUGUUUGUUUGCGUUUGACGUCGAUUCUGCGACUGUGAUUUUGAAUUCAGAGCAGCUCACAGAGCAGAGGUCGAUGUGUUUCCAUGACAACAAAAUACUAACAGAAAAAAAACACAAAGGGAAAACCUCUUUAUGAUUCCUUCAUCACACUGACUUUUUUUCUUUUCUUUUCUUUUGGAAAUAUCCCUUUAACUGCAGCUAUUACAUUUAUAUAUGAACAACAACAAUAAUAAUAAUAAUAAUAAGUGAACAAAAUCAUAACUUUACUUCUGGUAACAUUUGACGUGUUUAAAGUCACAGUACGCAACAACACCACAGUUUUUAAUUAUGUUGUAAAUUUUGCCUCAUUUCGUUAUUUUUUUUUCCAUUUUCCAUGUGUUAUUACAAAAAGCAGGAGCUGCACUUCUAUUUUCUUCAACACAAUUGUAAUAAUUUGGUGCAUUAUGUAAUUAUGUUGCAAAUAUGUUUCAAUAACAGAUCAUUUGUCAUUCUUUAAGACUCUAAAAAAUAGACAAAAUAAAAAUGAUAAUAGUAAUAGUAACUAUUAAAUUAAUUUAUUGACCAUCGCUUUAUUAAAAACAAUUGAGAUGUAUUUUGAAUAUUCUGCACUGUAAAACCUGACACAUCAUUUAGGUUAAUUUAACUGAAAUUAUUGCAGAUUAAAGUAACUACAAAAGUCAUGAUUGUUCAAGUAAAUUUGGGCUAAAUUAAGAUUAUAGUAGAAUUUAGCCUAAUUUAACCUACAUUAUUAGUGUAUUUUUCUUCUUAUUAUUUUUUUUGCUUCAAAUUAAUUGCGUUUUUAAGAGCUUUCCUAGGCCCCAAACACGUGAAUUUCUGCGACCGCAUCAAUCUUGGUGUAAAUUUACGUCUGAAAGUCACUGGGUGGGAAAUUGGAAGUGG